AUGUCAGAACAGUCGAUUGCUCGGUGGAAUGCUAUUCCUAUGGAAAGACAAGAGUUGGAGAAGGAACAAGGCCGGGGUUCAUCCUUGAAGCGAUCACGCUCAGAUCCAGAUGACAGCGUUGACGAAAGUGAAGAUAAUGUCUCGCUUGUCUCUCGUAGUCCUUCACCUCCGCCACGAGCCAUGGAUAUCGACAAAUAUGACGAGUACAUCCGCGGAGCCCCAAGAGAAAUAAUCACUGUCGAAACGAAGAUUAAGAGCACAAACAAAGGGUUCGCCAUGCUCGCCAAGCUUGGGUGGUCGGAGGGCCAGCCGCUGGGACUCUCGGGGGAUGGACGCACCGACCCCAUUCCCUUUCAUAUCAAGAAUGACUUAACUGGUCUUGGAAAGACAAACCAGGACUUCCGCAUGAUCGAAACGACAGUCGCGCAGAGGCGCGUGCUGGACUCAGAGAGGCAGCGCAAAGAAACCGAAGAUCAACGCAAAACACGAGAAGACAUCGUGGCCCGGCGUGCUGCCGUGAAAUCAGAAAUCACCGACACCUUGCGUCCCUUUUACUGCGCUCUCUGUGAGAAGCAGUUCCAGAACGUGGCUCAAUACGACGAACACACCAACUCUUACGCACACCAUCACAAGGCACGUUUGAGGGACAUGCAAGCCAAUGCACGUCCGAUGCUUCAAGAGGAAGUCGAGAAACGAAAAGAAAAGGAACGUAAGCGUGAAGAGAAGGAGCUGAGGAAGCUUGCAAAGGCAGCUGGUAUCAAAAUAACUAAGCCACCCCCUGCGGCCGAAACGAAAUCGAAUGGGUUCAAGAAAGCUGGCUGGACUACCAUCAGCACUAGUGAAGCCGAUUUCACUCGUACAGGUCGGUCUGCUGUUGACCCGGCCACUACUUCGUACAGUCGUCCACCUUCACUGCCACGACCCACUCCACCUUCACCCCCACCUCCCCGCCAGUCGCCCGCUGCACCGUCUUUCAGGGCAGGUGGUUGGACAACGCUGGACACUGGGAAUUCGAAGUCAUUUCCCUCGUCACCGCCUCCUCAAGAACCAUCAGCUCCCCCUCCAUCCCCACCACCUACACUGGCGUUUCCACCGCCUCCGCCUGCUGACGACUCACAGCGACCUCCCCCGCCUCCUCCGCUCUCUGGUCCAGGGUUUGCCAAGGGUGGUUGGGCGCCCGUUUCGUCUCAGCUGACGGGUGGUCCUCCAGCUUCUGGACAUACACUUACGUCUUCGACUGGCUUGGCUGAGCGUGUUUCUGUCCCACCACAACCUGCACCUCAGGAACCAGCCAAGUUAGGCUGGCAGCAGUGGAAGCAAAACAAGAAUUUUAGGCGCAAAUAA